AUGGCAACAACGUUUGGAGCACGCCCCGCCGCCACGGCCGAGCAGCAGCAGCGCCUGCAGCCCUGGGUAGAGAAGUACCGGCCCAAGACGAUUGACGAUGUCUCGUCGCAGGAGAAUACGGUUGCGGUGCUGCGCAAGGCGCUGGCGUCGACCAAUCUUCCGCACAUGCUGUUCUACGGGCCACCGGGGACGGGCAAGACUUCGACCAUCCUCGCGCUCGCGCGGCAGUUGUUUGGCCCUGACCUCUUCCGCUCGCGUGUGCUCGAGCUGAACGCGUCUGACGAGCGCGGUAUCAGCGUCGUGCGUGAGAAGAUCAAGACUUUUGCGCGCGAGACCCCGCGCAACGUCGGCGUCUCGUCCGACGGCAAGGUGUACCCCGCGCCACCGUACAAGCUCAUCAUUCUUGACGAGGCCGACUCGAUGACGCAAGACGCGCAGAGCGCCCUCCGCCGCAUCAUGGAGACGUACUCGCGCAUCACGCGCUUCUGUCUCGUCUGCAACUAUGUCACCCGGAUCAUCGAGCCGCUCGCAUCGCGCUGCUCCAAGUUCCGUUUCCGUCCUCUCGCGGCCGACUCGUCGCAGGCGCGUAUCGAGAUGAUCGCCAACGCCGAGGGCGUGAACGCCGAGCCAGGCGUUCUCGAACUGAUCCUGAAGCUGGCUAACGGCGACCUCCGAAAGGCCAUCACGUACCUCCAGACCGCGCAGCGGCUGCACUCUACAUCCAACCCCCCAACAGCUAUCACCACCAUGUCCGUACACGAGAUCUCGGGCAUCGUGCCGGGGAGCGUGAUCGACCGCCUCGUGCGGUCUAUGGGCAUCGAGCCUGGAGAAGGGAUUAGCCCGUCCGCCGCGUCAGGAUUUGAGGGUGUGCGGAACGCUGUGCGUGGCGUCGGGCGCGAGGGAUGGUCUGCGGGACAGGUGCUGGAGCAGAUCCACGACGCGAUUGUGCCGAUGGAGAGCAUUCCGACGAUGGCCAAGGCGAACGCGGCGAUCGCCAUUGCCGAGUGCGACAAAGCUUUGUGCGAGGGCGGCGACGAGGAGCUGCAGCUGUUCGAGUGCUGUCUGCGGGUCAAGGACGCGAUGGAGAAGGCGUACAAGUAG